ACCCUCAACUCUCCUCCUUCUCUUUUUAUAUUCUCUCUCUAAAGAGUAGGCUUCUCGGUUGCUGAAUUUUGGAACUUGUUUUUUUUGUGCUCUUUUGCUCAAAGUAAUUUUUUUAAAAAAUUUAUUUAUGAGUUUUGCUUGUAGUUUUUUCUUGAGUGUUUUCAAUCUUUGGGGGUGUUGUGCCAUUGAAAGUUUCUGAUUUCUCGGGUGUUGGUGAUUUUCAGCUUUUCCGGUCUUGUUGGGUUUUCGGCCUUUGGCUUAAAGCCUUUUUUGGGUUUCGACGAUUUCAAUUUUCGGCCUCCUGCUUUGCUUUUCGGCCUUCGAACUUCAGGUAUCGGCCUCCGACUUUGGGUUUUCGGCGUCCAGCUACAAGCCUUUCUUUGAGUUUCAGUUUGUUGGGUUCUUGGUCAAUUGACAAGUUGGGUUUUCAGACUCUCAGGUUUUCGGAAUGGGGUGUUAUGCCAAGGAGGUUUCUGGUCAGCUGGGUUUUCGGCCAGGGGUGUUCUGUGAAGGAGGUUUUUGGCCAUUGCAAUGCAUUUCUCCUUGUCAGAUUUGGCGAAAGAUGAAGAAUUUAUUGGAGCCCAUGAAUUAGAACCAAUAACAGCGGAGGCAUCUCUUACUACAACCUCAUCUAACUUGCCUUAUGCUCUUCGAGGCCUCUACGGUCAGCCAAGAAGAUAUUGCAGAUAUAACACUAAUCUUCCAUAUUUCAAAAGUGUUUAAGGGGUACCUUUAAGAUGAAGAACAGAUGGCCGAUUGUAUGGUGACAAAACGUAGAUGUAUUAUAGCCUACAUGGAGCAGCUGAAAGUGGGGCUGCGCUUUCCCUUAGAUCCUUUUAUUGUGGAGGUGUUGUCCCUUUUUCGUUCUAGCAUAGCUCAGAUCCAUCCCAAUAGUUGGAGGAUUUUACUUUCAUUCAUGUCUCUUUGUCGGUUUCAUUGCAUAACGCUCUAUGCUCGUGUGCUUGCUUCAAUGUACCCCUUGUAUCAUAGGGGGGCUUAAGCUUUAUACUAUUUCAUUCCUAAGAAAGAAAGUGGUCUUUUUGAUUACUUUCCUCAGUCUCUUAAGAAUUGAAAAUUGAGAUUUUUUAUGUUGAGGCAUUCUUCACUAAAGGGUUGAGUUAGCUUUAUGAGAGUUGGAAUUUUCAUCCGCAGUGGUUCAAAGGAACUUCAAAUAACAGAUGAUAAAUUUGUUGUUUAUUCGUGUCUCUUGGCCAUUGCCUCAUCCCAAGGGAAACAACCCUAUCAGCCUUUUAUUCAUGCUGAAAAGAGGGCUCAUCUGAUUAAUAUUAUUGGUCUAUCUCCGGAUGAGGCUGAUGAUGAGAUGGCCGGGGAGGCUUCAUGGGUGAGGAAGCUUGCAGAAAAAAGAAGAAAAGAGGUGAGUCAAUCGGACCCUUCUAAGAGAUCCAAGAUCGUCGGAGAGUCUUCCAAUUCAGACCCCGCUCCUCAGGUUUAAACCAAUCCUGAAUCUCCUUCUCAUAUGGCUGGCACUAGGGUUCCUCCUAUGCCUUCUUCUCCUACUUUUGACGGAUUAUUAAGGGGUUACUCUAUGGUCUCCAACAAUAGUUGGUUUCUAGACAUGCCUCCCGAGGCGAUUAUGUCCGCGAAUGAGGAGUCUCAUCACAAGGGGAGCAGGGAUGAGGAGUAGGCUUUUGAAAAGCAAAAUUGGUAAUCUAGGAGCAAGUAUCUCAAAAGGGAAGGGCAAAUGGCAAUGAAGAUGGUGGUUCCCUUCUUUCUAUUCCCGAUCCUUCGCCUCCAUUUUCUCUUGCUCCAUGACCAUAGCCCAUUGAUUUCAAUGCAUGAGCUUCAGCACAUCAGGAAGUACCCAGAUGCAAAGUUGAUAAACCUUGGGAUUGGUGAUACCACAAAGCCUAUACCUGAGAUAAUAUCAGUGAGCAUGGCAGAAUAUGCACGUGCCCUUUCAACAGUAGAAGGUUAUAGAGGAUAUGGAGCUGAGCAAGGGAACAAAGCACUGAGAAAAGCAAUUGCAGAAACAUUUUACAAAAAUGUCCAGGUAAAAGACUCCGAAGUUUUUGUGUCAGACGGCUCACAAUGUGAUAUAGCCCGCCUUCAGCUGCUCCUGGGUUCCAAUGUGACUGUGGCAGUGCAGGAUCCAUCAUUUCCAGCUUAUAUAGAUACAAGUGUCAUAAUGGGGCAAGCUGGUGAUUUUGAAGAAAAAAGUGGGAAAUUUGGGAACAUUGAGUACAUGAAAUGUGGACCCCAAAAUAACUUCUUUCCUGAAUUGGCCAAAACCAGAAGAACAGAUAUAAUCUUCUUUUGUUCUCCAAAUAAUCCUACUGGUUAUGCAGCAACCAGGCAGCAAUUGGAAGAACUUGUGAAGUUUGCCAAGGCGAAUGGUUCAAUUAUAAUCUUUGAUUCUGCCUAUGCAGUUUAUGUCACAGAUGAUUCGCCUCGAUCGAUCUUUGAAAUUCCCGGAGCCAAAGAGGUUGCAAUUGAAGUAUCUUCUUUCUCCAAGUUUGCUGGCUUCACCGGCGUUCGCCUCGGUUGGACGGUUGUUCCAGAAGAGCUGUGCUUUUCAAAUGGUUUUCCUGUAAUAAACGACUUCAAUCGAAUCGUAUGCACUUGCUUCAAUGGAGCAUCAAAUAUAGCUCAGGCUGGUGGAUUGGCAUGCCUUUCCUCAGAGGGUUUCAUGGCGGUUUGUUCUGUGGUUGACUACUACAGGGAGAAUGCAAAAAUACUACUGAAGACUCUUAAAUCUCUUGGUCUAAAGGUGUAUGGAGGUGAAAAUGCUCCUUAUGUUUGGGCACAGUUUCCUGGUUCAAAAUCUUGGGAUGUGUUUGAUGAUAUUCUUGAGAAGGCACAUGUUAUAACUGUUCCAGGUUCUGGAUUUGGUCCUGGAGGUGAAGAAUUCAUGAGAAUUAGUGCUUUUGGACACAGGGAAACUAUUCUGGAAGCUUCAAAGAGGCUAAAAGGCCUUUUCUCCUAAGAAAAGAAAAAAACCUUACAACAAGUUUAAGCCACAGCUUUAAGGACUAAAUAAAGGAAUUCACACUGCCUGGUGAUUAUUAUUGUUGUUAUUCUUAUCUAGCUAAUAAGAUCAUUGAGUUGUAUUCUAGCUUGAUGGAUCAAGUUCAUCCAUCCAUAUUUCACAUUGGGGUUAUUUAAGUAAUUUCGAAAUGCGUGUUCACUGUA